AUGAAGGUUCCUGCUACCAAUCAGUUCAAAUUUCAUGAUGUGUGGGUUUCAGAGGUCAAGGAUCCAUGUACCAAGCUUUGGUAAGUUAUUUUGAAUUAUUUGAUAAUUUUGUCACAAUUAGAAUUUUAUUACUGCAGAAGAAAUGUUUAGUCUUACAGUAUUAAAAUUCCCUGGGGUGGCGGGGAUGGGGGCGGGGGGAAAACUGAAGGGAAGUUUGGGUAGGGGUUUGUUGCCAAAAGGCCUUCAUCCUAUUUAAACAAAAAACCAUUCUCUUCACUUCCCUGUUUAAGAUAAGAAAACUCAUUUCAUGACCCUGAUCCAUUUCCUUAAACUGGCAUCAAGGGAUUAGAUUAUAAUAAUAAUAAUGAUGGAAUUAUACUUGUAGACUGUGGAUCACCAAAUAUUCACACCCAGUUUAAGUACGGAUCCGUGUAAGAACUAGGCAAAAGAACAAUAGGCCAGUGCAAUAGCGACAGUUAUUUUUUAGGUGCUAAUUUCUCUAAUCAAAUUAAAUUUGAAUGCUCUGAUUGGUCAAGAGGGUAAAAAGUGCAAAGUUUGAAUUUUAGAAAUGAAUUAAGAUAGCAAAAGAGUCAUUCAAACAACUUUUUAUUUUGUCUACUGCUUUGAUAUCUUGAAAAAUAUAACUUAUCGAAAAAUUUAGAGGAUUUCUAUGCGCCAAACCCGAGCAAAGUUAAACUGAUAUAAAAUUACAUGAAAAUGGCACAGGAAUACAUUAAUUGGCGACCUUGUGAAAGACAGCUACUUCGGCUCUCACAAAGGAAAUGUCAAAACCGUGAUCGGAAACAGCAGUAAUAAUAUUCAAGUUCACAUGGCAAAUACGCCAAAGCCGCACGUUAUUAUUUUGCCACCAUAAAGAACAACAAUUUCAUAAAUCAUGUCAAAGGGUUAUCCUAAUGGCGCGCAUUUAAAUAAAAAGACGAUUGUCCAUACAGAAAAAAAUUCACGGAUGUUUGGAGAAUUCGGUUUCAGAAGAAGCUCUCUUCGCAGUCUUACAUGGUAGAUAUAUUUUUAGUCUAAAUAUCUCCGCAAAACCUACUUUCAUUCUUAGAAAAAGUAAAGGCAACAGUUACAGUCAAACUUGCAUGGUCUUGCGUACUGGGUAACACUCAAAACUAGUGAGAACUACAUUUGUAUUAUAUAAUUAUGAUAACUAAUCGGCUGCCGUCUUACAACUGUUGUGAAAUUACAAUCACAAAUUUCAAUUCGUUCGUCUUAAGUUAAUUGCACUUAGUUCAAUGAAACAUUCGAGAAAGAAAACAAAUCGAAUUAGAGAAGAGUAAAGAUACACAGAAUACUGACGUUUCGAGAAGGACAAAGUAACUACACAGUCACAUCAUGCGGAGAUGCAAAAAUUUUUUGGUUGCUGCUUACCUCAAGCUCACUCAGGUGGCUUCACAUCGGUUUAAGAAAUUUAAUUUAUUUCUGUAUAAAGAACAAAUCUAUGGCUUCUAGUCUUUGUGCCCAGCUAUUUUCCACAAUUACUCUGAAUCAUCACUGAAUCAAAGCGAUCUCCUCUUGACAACAUAAACAACUGCUUCAAUCCUACUUGUCUACAUGGCUACUCGACAACAUGUUGAGGACAGCUGCAAACGCUGCUGCAGUAGGACUUUCACAAUCACUCCAAUGAUAAAAUACAUUGAAUAAAAGCAAUAAACAAUCAAUAAAGGGAAAUAUGUACUGUAGAUGAAGUGAUGAAAUUGACUAUAUUUCUUCGGGUAAAAGACAAAUUUCCUCAUAUCUCAAAUAUCACAUCCAAGAUGGUUCACAACAAGGUCACGUGUGUGUUGCAUGUUUUCCGCUCUUAAUUUUGAUUGGCGAAUAGAACAAUGCCUAAACUUGGGCGUGAGGUAAACGAUACAAGAAUGGGGAAAAUAAAGCUAAAAAAAGUUGUUUUUGUCACAUUUCUUGCUGUUUUUUUGGCAAUUUUUGAAUUUCAGCCAAUCAGAACCCUUGAUUUAAUUGAAAUUAAUGAUUAAAAGUUAACACCUUUUAAUCAAUAUUUUUGCCAUCUGCCUGCCUAGUUUUUACACGGACCAGGGCUCAAAAUUGCGACUAACAUUGCGUCACCAAUGCGACUAACAUUUUUUCCUUGGCGACUAAAAAUUCUGGUUUAGUCGCCAAAGUGGCGAUCAGAUUUUAGAAGAGUAAAAUUAAAACAAACAUUUCAUCUUAUCUUGCUUUGCUUUCAUCAUGAAAAAUGUACCAAAUCGCAUAAACAAAGCCAGUUUACCUCCAAGUUUAUACUGACUUCAUGAUAUUUUCAAAUCUGAUGGAUCGCGCCAUACUAUGCUGGGCUUCUGAUAGGUAGCGGAAAAAAGUCAUAUUUCGCAGGAUUUUUAGGGGCAAAUUCGCGGAAAAAUCGGCCGAUUUUGCAGCACCUUCACAGGAAUGUUUGGGGCAAACUUCUCCAAAAAUCAAGCGGUAAAAAAGGCCGAUCUUGUAGUCAUAUUUGAGGGAAAAUUUUGUCAGAUAUUGAUCGGUUUUGCGCCGAUCAGACCAGCGUUUUUAACGUUUUUCUAACAGAGGUCAUCAUUUGCUCUUUCAACUACAAUACGCUCCAGAAAUGAAGCAAUGGUAAAGCCUUUAACAUCUUGGCUAGUGCCCAGUUUUUCGCAACAUAACUAGUAGUUUUGGGACGUUAUUUGCACGUUUCAGAGACGAAGUAUCAAGAUAAAUUUGCAAUUAUUUUACGUCAAGUAAAGAGCCCCAAUAGCUGAGAUAAGUUUCAAAUAUGUUGUACAGACAUGUAUGUAUUUGAUAAGAUUUCUACUGAAUUUCGCGGAAUUUCGCGUGUUUUUGUGAAUUUUGCGGCUCCGCUUCUGCUCGAUGCCCUGGCUAUGAGCUGCGUCAUUUACAUUUUACAAACUGGCGACUAAAACUUUGCGUCUGGCGACUAUAUUUCUCUGGUUGGUCGCCAAAAGGCGACCUGAAGAUUUUUUUGAUUUGGAGCCCUGCGGACCAUUACUUAAAGCUCAAAUUAUUUUGAUAAAAAACACCCUGUUCAAGAUGCUAAAUAGUGAAAUUUUAUAACUUGUUUAAAACUUAAGACCCCCAUAAACCCCAAGUUGUUCAGCUGAACGUGCCUGUUUAGGCUAAAUGAGGGAUGUCUACCCUCCCCCGUGGGGAAUGUACACCUCAGUAUUCUCCAGACAGUGGAGUCCAGGACUCCCCUUCUUCAGUCAGCAUACUUAUGGGAUAAAAUAAUAUUCUUUUGAAAAAAGCAUUAAUGCUAAUACACUGUAAAGUUGGAAUAGAAAGAGGGUAUUCUUUUGAAAAAUACACCUUUAAAAAGAAUUAGAUUGUUUAUAUGUAGUUUUAAUGCAAAUUAAGUUAUCCUGAAAGUGCCAGCCCACCUAUCACUACUUUAUUUAUACCUUAGCUUGUGGCUUUUUAUUUUGGUGGUUUUUGAAAUUUUUGUAGUUUCCAUCAAGAUCCACAUGAAACUGUAAGAAGUAAACCCAACCACCUCCCACUCCCCACUCUCCCCGCCCCCCCAGUAAACACAUUGCUGCAAAAAAGUGACCUCCCCAAGUCUGUAAUAACUUAGAAAGAUAAUACAGUAUUUAUUUUGUUGUAUGUGAAAUCUGUUCUCUGGUUAAACCUGGCCCCAGUUGUUCAAAAGGUGAAUAACUCUAUCCACUUGAUAAAUCUCUAUAUCGCUGGAUAGAAAUUUAUCCAUAGCACUUAAUCCAGUGUUUGAAAAACCAGGGCCAGGACUAAAAUAUUAUUUUAAACCUAGUUUCGUUCAGAAUUUCCUUUCUCUCUUAGCCUGUAUUAAUCAUACAGAUGUACAGUGUGUAGGUGACAAUGAAAUUCUGGUUUACCCUGAGAACAGAUUUUACCUACAACAUUUUCAAAUGUUUGUUUACCUGUAUUUUGACUCAAAUAAAAAAUAUAAUGCAGUUGUUAAGAUUCAGAAGGAGAAAAAUCAGACUGGACCAGUCCCAAUAAUAAUAAUUGGGAUAGGCCCAACAACUAAUUAUUAGUUGUUGCGAAUUACAAGAAAUCAUAAAUCCACAAAAUUAUUAUAUAAUUAAUUAAACUCCCACAAAAAGAAAGUGUCAAAUGGUACAUGUAGUUUACAACAUUGCACCAUUAUUUACAAUGUGUACUUUCUUUCUCUGUUCCUGUCGUAGUGUUCAUGUCUGCAGUGUUGAAGGAUUUUUAGGAUUCCUGUGAUGUCAAGGCUGCUGGAGGUAAACAAAAUUUGUCAUCUGUUAGCUAAUAGUGUUAGUCAAGUGAAGGCUGAUUUUUCUUGGUAUCUUGUAAACAAGUUGUAAUGUUUGAGGUGUGAGAAUUAGUUCUAGUUGUGGUUUUGAAUGUUGGUUGAGGGAUGUUAAUCAUGUCAGACUCUGAAUCAGGGGAGGUCUGAUUUCAGCCCCCUCUGUUCCAUCUCUUGAGUUUUAACUCAGAAAAAACCAUCAAAGUAAUAACAGUACUAUCCUUAUGCAUAAGGGAAGAAACUUUUCUGGGGGGGGGGGGGUUUAAAGCAAGUCUGGCUGGGUCUGUGCUGCUAAAACCCUUCGAUUCUGACCCUGUUUAAAGCAAAAUGGAUUCAAAUUGCUACCCCGUUUAAAAUGCUAAAUAGUGACAUUGAAUACUUUUUUUUGAGAUUGAAUUCCCAUAAACCUCUAUCAUGCAGAGCUGCACAUACUGAGUGAGCCAAACAUGGAAGUUUCCCAACCUCUACCCCACCCCCCUCCCUGAGUGCGUGUGUCAAUCUGUAAACUCCCAAGGGAACCAUUUUAGAUAUAUGGAGGCGAAGAAACAAUGCAAUUGUUAAUAACUACAUAUCGUCAAGACAUCAGGACUAAUUUCAGUUGUGUAUGUGAUAGAUCUGCUGUUUACCCAUUAAUUUUAUUUUUUCAGGGCAAUUUUUUAAAAUAUGCCCAAACAUACUCGUCACCUGUUUAAAGUUUUUCUACAAUAUCGUUCAAAAGCAAUUCUAAAUUCUCAGUGAUUCUCUCAGUGGGUUAAAUAAAGAGGGAAUCCACCAGGAAAUUGAGUAAUUUUAAUUUUUAGUGGACAAAAAUCCUGUACCAGAAUAAUUGAAAGCAUAUUGCAUUCUUUUUUACAUUUUUCAAAGGUUGGAGAUGUAAUAAUUACAUCUCCAUUAUUUUCAUCUCCAUCUCCAUCUCCAUCUCUUCUGUGAUAACACCAAAGAAAAUUUACAUCUACAUCUCCAUCUCUUCUGUGAUAACACCAAAGAAAAUUUCUCAUGGGAGCCCGAGAAAAUGAAUAUGUUAAAUUUCACAAAAUUACAUCUUACACAUUAAAUUUUCAGCACUUUUCCUGUGUUUUCACAAUUCUUGUGAAAUUUGACAUUCAUUUUCUUGGACUCCCAUGAGAAAUUUUCUUUGGUGUUAGUACAGAUGACCACUUACAUCUUUAGCUCUUGAAAAAGGUAAAAAGAAUGCAAUAUUGUUAAGAGCAGCUCCAUGUAAUUAUCAACUUAAGACGAGGAAAUAGUCAAAAUAUAACCUGGCCUCAAACUCGCCCAGAAUAAAGCCUUAUGUGCCCUAGUUACAAAAUCGUUGGUUUAAGUACGAUCAAGUGAAUAAUAAUCUUUUAAUGAAUUUUUUUCUUCCCGAGGCCUUUUAAAAAUUAUUCUGCAGGUACAAGCUUUUUUGUCCACUGAGAAUUAAAAUUACUCGUUUUCCUGGUGGAUUCCUUCUUAAAUAUUCCUUUUGUACGUUACCAAGCACAAAUAUUAAGACAGUAUUUUGAGUAUUGUGAGUAUUUUUUCUGUCUUUUUGUGUUUUCUCCUUUUAUUCAACAGGCAUGAUCUGUAACAUGUAAAAGUAGAUGAAAUGUGAUCUAUGAUGUCAAAAAAUUAUUUUGUAGAAAACAACAGAAUGACUAGUGUCAUGAUCUCAAAAGAUUGUCUGCAUUAUUAGGAAUUACAGAAAAAUACAUAGGUUUUUCAAAAAUAUAAUAAUUUCAUCAAAGGGAUAACAUAGACAUAAGCAAAAAGAAUGGUAAAGAAAAAAUUUGAAUAGUAUUUCUUUCUGAGCUUUAAAUUCUAAAUAUCUGGUGAAAAGGUAACAUUAUCCGACUUAAUAAAAAUCUAAUUAAAUAUAGAUUUUACUAACAACAUAAUUUUUUUUGAGUUUUGAUCUUAGUCAAGAAACUAUUUCUUCCUUUACCUCUCUUCUCACAGGUCUUUAUUUGUGAGUUUUUUUUUAAAUUGGCUACAUACCAUUGGGAGCAAUGCUGUGGUGGACUAGUAUCCCAUCCAGGGUGGGGUGGGGGGAAGUUGGGCUGGGAAUAGUUCUUCUCAAACAAAGAUAAGCUGUUGCUGUGUGGGCUUCAAUGGCUUGUUUCAACCCUUUAAGCACCAGUAUCCGCAUACAAAUUCUCCAGACUGAUCUCAAUACAUUCCUUAACCCUUUAAGCCCUAAGAGUGAUCAGCAUCAAAUUUCUCCUUGUAGUAUCACUUCUUUAUAAAACACAGUGGUCAUGAGAAUUGAGGACCUGAUCACACUAGAUGAAUCUAAUUGAUAUUUCAACAAAUUCUCCCCACUACUUCUAUUGAAAACAAAUAGGGACAACAAAUGAGAAUUUGAAUUUUGAUAUUAGACUUCAAAGGGUUAAAAGAAUUACAUAUAGUUAAGAGAAUUUGAUUAACGAUUAAAGCAUUUUCACUUAGUGAUCGUUUUAUUCAUUUCAUAUCAUUAAAUUGGUAGUUUACUUACAUGUACAGUAGUUCACACCUCAUAGAGUGGUACAUGCAUAAUGCACUGUUGAAACCCUCUUAGUAACGUGCAUCAUGAAUGUUUGACCUUUCACCGUGUAAGUUGUCUCUGUCCCCCUUCCUUUUCAAUCAUAUGAACAAAUCAUACUGGGCCAGUCCACGUGAAGUGUUUACACUUGCUGUCAUGCAAUCAAAAAUAAAAUUGCAAACCAUUCAAUACAGAAAGUCCAGAAUCUAGGAAAUAAAAGAAGAUAAAUAUGUAAAAGGCCUCGACAAGACUCAGGUCUGUGCGAUAUUUCAUAUGUGAGAUAUUCGGAAAAACGUUUGACCCAAAUUUAUAGAGCUUUGUAUGGAGACGCCAUGUUUGUGUCGGGUCUUGACAAACUGCGAGCCAGCGAGCCAGCGAGUCAUGCGAGUCGAGCCAGUGAGUCAUGCGAGUCAUGCGAGUCAUCAUGUGAGCCAUGCGAGACAGAAGUUCGAAGGAAAGAGAAUCCCUUUUUUGGCGAAUCAUAAGCAAUUUAACUUUUUUAACAUUUGUAGCAUGAAAUUAGCGUUCAGACGACAGCAAGAAAGUCUUUUAAAGAAAAUGUAUGAAAAGGUAACCGGUCAAGUCGCCCGAAAGUCGUCUCGCCCGAAGUCAUGAGUCCUAAGUCAUGUCGCCCGCAAUUUUAUCGAGUGUAUAAAAUUGAAGAAAAGAAACAUCUUAAGUAAAUCGCAAGGAAUAAACUCGUAAAAUGUUGACUCGCUAACGAAAAUACCCCUCAAUGACGUCAUAGCUUUUUCAAUAACUGUCAAUUUUGAGAAGGAACAUUAAACUUGUUAGUAAGUCAGAGUUUUUAUCGCGAUAUUCUUAAGCCAUUGGCAUUGGUUUUAUUAUGAAAGACGCGAGACGUUUGGGUUUUAAAGAGUGUUUUUUAUGUUCUGGUCACGUGGCUUACCACAUAUGGUGUGACUCAUUAAACGUGACCGAGGAAGAACCUUUAAACCUUUGUUUAACGCAUUCUCAAACCUUUGUUAUUGUUUCACCUCGUUCAAUUUGUAUGUUGGCGAAUUUUUCUGAAGCUGAAUUUUAAAGGACCUGCCUUUGGAACAGAUACGUUACUUAGUAGUUUACGUUAAAAACAAAGUUAUUUUAUGCUGACUCGCAUGACUCGCAUGUUGACUCACAUGUUGACUCGCAUGACUCGCUGGCUCGCUGGCUCGCAUAUUAUACACACUCGUUUGUGUCCCUUUGAGGGGCACAAAUAUGGCUGCCGGAAACCAACAGAAACAUCUGUUUUUGAGUUUUCCUACUAGUGCAUGAAUUCAUCGCUUGAGAAAGUCAUAAAGGAUUAAAGUGAUAUUUAUUCUGAGACGAGCAAUGUGUAGAUAGCAAAAUCUCCUAAAAUUGGUAAUGUUUUUAACCCACAUAAGAGCCUUCCCGGCCGCCAGCUAAAUGCCGCGUGACGCAAAAGCCUAGAAAUUUAAAUGUCCUCUAUCGCAAAAUGAAGAACCCUUUCGAACAAAAACUUUGUUUAAAUAAAGGUGUUUAGGUGCUGUAAUGCCUCAUGAAACUCAGAAGAAUCGAUGGUUUCUUAAUUUGAAUUUUUGGUGACGUCAUGUGAAAACUGAGAAUACAUAUAUAUGAGACACCACAGGUAGCCCAAUCUCAAAAAAUGUCCGGCAUGUUUUUCUAGUCAGUUUUUUCAAGUGCACUCGCUGACAGAAAAGCAGUAGAAGACCAUGCUCAAUUAAAGUUUGCAAAAACUUACUUCAGUCAAACCUUUUUAAUACGGACACCAAAGGGACAGAACCAAGUGUCCGCUUUACAGAGGUGUCCGUAUUAUAGAGGUAGGGAAUGUAUGAUUUUUGGCAUUUCUGCGACCAAACGAACUGUCCGUAUUAUAGAGGUGUCCGUAAUGGGAGUUUAGGCUGUAUUAAAAAUGCUUUUAAAUAACCUGAGACCAGGCUCUGUUUUCGUUUCUCUUUGUAAAUAACAUUCCGGCGGGCAAGGCGAAACGAAAAGACAAUUUUAGCGGGACUACGUAAGUGAGAAUGUGUGAGAACUGCUAAAAUUGAGCCUGAUCUCAGGUUAGCUUUUUAAUGAACCCUUUAAUAAAUUAAUGCCACUCUUCUUUUAGGAAUUGUCAUCCUUUCCUAGCACAGCCUCUACAUCACAGGAAGGCCAUGAAAGCAAUUCAGGAUCCACUUCCUCAAGGAAAUUGAAAGUUACUCUGUUAAGCAGUGAAUGGAGAUCAACAAAAGGAGGCUUGUCAACCAUCAACCGAGAGGUGGCCAUUCAGUUGGCAAAACACCCCAGCGUGGAGGUCAGUGUUUAUCUCCCUCAGUGCAGUGAAGAGGAUAAACGAGUUGCUUCAAGUCACAAUGUACAUCUUAUUGAAGCAGAAGAAAUGCCAGGUUAUGACAACCCAGUAGACUGGUUGUCAUUUCUUCCUGAAAGCCAUUCUGUCGAUUGUGUGAUAGGACAUGGGGCUGUUCUUGGUCGGCAAGUGCAGGUUAUAAAACGUCAGUGUAAGUGCCAAUGGAUUCAGGUCGUUCAUACAGCUCCUGAAGAGCUUGGUAUGUACAAGUCCUACGCAGAUGCUAUUUCAAAAGGUGAGAAAAAGCACCAGGCUGAGGUUAAACUCUGUGAAAAAGCUGAUCAAGUUGUAGCAGUUGGUCCCAAGCUGGCUGAAGCUUUCUCAGGUUAUCUCCGUGCCUGUGGAAAGGAUCAAGAUGUUCUCAAUCUUACCCCAGGCAUCUUCUCAGAGUUUUCUGAUGUAAAGCAAGCCACUGAAGAAAUUAAGAAAAACAUUCAGUGUUUUAGUAUUUGGACGUGGUGA